UCUCACCCUCAGCCCUUGUCAAAUAACUCCCAACGUAGGCUCCUUCUUGCUUCUUGCUGUCAACUUAAUUUCCCCCCCCUUUGCCUGGAAUUGUCCUGCAGCUCUGCACUGCUAUCGCGUCGCCUGAAUUUUCCCGGGCUUCUACAUAGUAGAACCUAUCGAUUAUUUUGCCCUUUUUAGACCUCCACCGUCCUUCUUCAACCUAAUCAUUCCCAGCCCGAAGUCCCAGACGAUCGUAUCCAACGAGCCCGCACUUCUCAACACCAUGGCUGAACCGACAACCCUGGAGCUUGAUGCCAAGUACGAUGAUUACGACUUUCCGACAACGGCCCCAGUCCCCCAGAAUGGCCACGCCGGCUACUUGACGAAGCAGCAACAGGCGCUGGUGCACCAGCUGCGCCUGAUGCUUGAGGCCGAGGGUUUCACCAAGCGUCUCGACACGCUCACACUGUUGCGCUUUCUCCGUGCCCGUAAAUUUGACGUGGCACUUGCCAAGAAGAUGUUCGUCGAGUGCGAGAAGUGGCGACAAGAUAUCAAGCUUGACGAGACGGUUCCGUCGUGGACAUACCCCGAGAAGGAGGAGAUGUUCAAGUACUACCCCCAGUACUACCAUAAAACCGACAAGGAUGGCCGCCCCGUCUACAUCGAGCAGCUCGGUGGCAUUGACUUGACCGCCAUGUACAAGAUCACUACGGCAGAGCGCAUGCUCACCAACCUUGCCGUGGAAUACGAGCGGCUGGCGGACCCGCGGCUUCCGGCGUGUAGCCGCAAGAGCGGCGUACUGCUCGAGACUUGCUGCACUAUCAUGGAUCUCAAGGGCGUGGGCCUCAGCAAGGCUCCGCAGGUUUAUAGUUAUGUGAAGCAGGCCAGCGGCCUGAGCCAGAACUACUAUCCCGAGCGCCUCGGGCGGCUGUACCUGAUCAAUGCGCCAUGGGGCUUCGGUACUGUAUGGGGUAUCAUCAAGGGCUGGCUUGACCCCGUCACGGUGCAGAAGAUUCACGUGCUUGGCAGCGGCUACCAGAAAGAGUUACUUGAGCAGGUUCCCGCUGAGAACCUCCCGAAGCAAUUUGGAGGCUCUUGCGAGUGCGCGGGCGGAUGUCCGCUCAGCGACAUGGGCCCGUGGCGCGAGAAGGAAUGGGCUAAGCCUCCCAAAUGGGAGACAGAGGAGACGACUAUCAACAACACCCCUGGCGAGAUUAAGGACGGCGGUGCGGACGUGCCAGCUGCUGAAACGGCUGUCACCGAUGUUGCCGAAGUCAAGGCCCCGGCUCCUGCCGCGACAUAAGAGCACUCUAGCAGUGCUGUGAUCCAGAAUCCAGUGAUAGAGCGGAGGAGAAACAAGUAGCACGGUUGGGACAAAACACACAGAAAGCAGCCAUGGCGGUGUCUUUGACGGUUCUUGUCUAGGAAGAGCAAAGAC